UGUGAUCUAUGCAAGAAGUGUGUUUAAGAAUGGGGAAGAAGACUCUCAUUCUGUGCUUAAUCUUGCUGAGGAUUUUUAUCGAAUUUCCGGCGAGCGGCGCGCAGGAAAUCCCGAUAAAAGUUGGGGUUGUGGUGGACAUGAUCGAUGACUAUGGGGAGAAGGUCCUCACGGCCUUAUCCAUGGCGGUCUCGGAUUUCUACGCUACACAUGCAUAUUACACGACGAGGCUUACUCUUAUAAAUAGGAAUUCUAAAGGGACCGUCGUUGGGGCAGCAGCUGCAGCUAUUGAUCUGAUAAAGAACGUCGAAGUCCAAGCCAUCAUCGGCCCGGUCUACUCAUCACAGGCGAGCUUCCUUAUAUCUCUCGCCGACGUAGCUCAUGUCCCCGUCGUAACUUUCUCGGCGACGGCGCCGUAUCUUUCGUCGUCGCCGACUCCCUAUUUUGUGCGCGCUACGCUAAACGACUCUUCCCAAGUCGACGCAAUCGGGGCGAUCGUUAAGGCCUUCGGAUGGCGAGAGGUUGUGCCGAUCUACGAGGACACCGGUUUUGGGGAAGGGAUCGUACCGUAUCUAACCGACGCAUUGGAACGUGUAAACGCGCGAGUACCUUACAGAAGCGUCAUUUCGACGCUCGCGACGGACGAUCAAAUCGUCGCGGAGCUCUACAAGCUGAUGACGAUGCAGACGAGAGUUUUCGUCGUCCACAUGUUGGAUCCCGUCGCGUCUCGACUGUUCACCAAAGCGAAAGAAAUGGACAUGAUGAGCCGGGACUACGUGUGGAUCGUCACAGAUGGGAUUACGUACGGUAUAAACGCGAUGGACCCGAAGGUCGUAAAUUCAAUGCUGGGAGUGAUAGGCGUAAGGCCUUACAUCCCGAGUACGCCCGAGUUGGAUGACUUCGAAGUUCGGUUUAAGACAAAAGUUCGGCAGAACAAUCCGACGAACACCGAGCCGCAGCUUGAUCAUUUCAUCUUAUGGGCUUACGACUCAGUCAUCGCGCUCGCCAUGGCAGCAGAGCAAGCAAAGUUAACGACUCCAAAAUUCAUUGAGACGAACAGUUCGAGAAAUUUCACUGACCUGGAAGCAUUGGGGGUUUCAGACGCCGGACCGAAACUCAUCCAGGCUCUAUCGACCACGACGUUCAAAGGCCUCGCCGGAGAUUUCAACUUAGUCGAUGGCCAGCUCCAAGCGCCUCCGUUUCAGAUAAUUAACAUCGUCGGUCCAGGCGCUCGAGGCGUAGGAUACUGGACAAACGAAGACGGAAUCGUUAAGGAACUAAACAACAAUAAUCCGAUGAAAGACACGAACUCGACUCUCCAAUCCAAUUUUGGGACGAUUAUCUGGCCCGGGGAUAGCUCAUCUCCCCCGAAAGGUUGGGUGAUUCCUACAAACGGAAAGAAACUGCGCGUGGGAGUGCCUGUGAAGUCGGGAUUCACGGACUUUGUGCGCGUAACUUGGAAUCCCGACAACUCUACAGUAGUCGAAGGAUUCAGUAUAGAAGUUUUCGACGCAGUGAUGGCAGCACUUCCAUACGGCGUGCCAUACGAGUACAUCCCGUUUGCAACGCCCAACCACAAGAUGGCUGGAAGUUACAAUGAGUUGACGUAUCAAGUAUAUCUAGGAAAAUACGACGCUGUGGCCGGAGACGUAACAAUUAUAGCAGACAGAGCACAGUUCGUCGACUUCACACUGCCUUAUACACAAUCCGGUGUUUCGAUGGUCGUACCUUUCAAAGACGACAAGAUUUCAACUGCAUGGGUGUUUCUAAAACCCCUGACUUGGGAGCUAUGGCUGGCAAGCUUUUGCUCGUUCGUGUUCAUCGGGUUUUUGAUUUGGAUCCUUGAACAUCGAAUCAACGACGAUUUCAGAGGACCUUUUUGGUACCAAGUGGGGAUGAUUUUCUGGUUUGCUUUCUCAACAAUGGUCUUUGCUCACAAGGAAAGGGUGAUAAGCAACUUAGCGAGGUUCGUGAUGAUCAUAUGGUUCUUGGUGGUACUUAUACUAACUCAAAGCUACACGGCCAGUCUUGCGUCGAUGCUAACAGUUCAAAAGCUGACUCCCUCAGUCGAAGAUGUUAACGAUCUUAUUAGAAGUAAGGAGCCAGUAGGCUACAAAUACGGAUCAUUCGUGUACGGGCUUCUUAGAAAGAUGAAUUUCGAUGAAUCCCGGCUUAAGCCAUUCCUAACUCCUGAAGAAAUGGACGAACUUCUCUCAAAGGGACCGGAUAACGGAGGUGUAGCAGCAGCUUUUCACGAGGAUCCUUACCUAAAGGUUUUCCUAACGAAAUAUGGUUCGAAGUACACUAUGGUCGGACCCCUUUACAAGGCUGAUGGAUUUGGCUUCGUAUUCCCAAAAGGUUCGCCUCUAGUACCCGAUGUUUCUAGAGCGAUUCUAAAUGUCACCGAAGGUCCAAGAAUGGCGGACAUUGAGAGAAAAUGGUUAGGCGAUCCUACAAAACGUCCGGACUGCAACACCUUAUCGACUGCGCCAAGAAAUCUAGGACUAGGAAGCUUUUGGGGGCUGUUCUUGAUCGUCGGAAUAGCCGGAUUAAUAGCUUUUGUAAGCUAUGUUGCUAUGUUUCUACACGAACAUUGGCAUGCCAUUGAAGAAAAUGCCUCUGUCCGGGACAAGUUCAUAGAGUUGCUACGAAUUUUCGACAAAGAAGAUCCGUACAGUUAUACAAUCAGGAAAGAAAGAGCUUCAUGUCCAUCUUGCCAAGUUCAAUUAACACCAACGUCUAGAUAUGCUAGCACUUUCCCAAGUCCUGGUUUCUCAAGCCCCCGAGGGACUAACGAUGAUGAACUGAUAUCACCUAAACAUCCUACGAAUCAGCAAACAGAGUAA